AUGGGGAAGCAGCAGAGCCCUCCGGAGAAGAUCCCCGCUAACGCCGGCAAGGGGAAGGUCACGCCCGUCCAGAUUGCCUUCAUUGUGGAUCGCUACCUGGCCGACAGCGGCUACACCGCCACCCUCGCGUCGUUCCGGUCGGAGGCUGCGGGGCGCUUCUCGAAGACGAGGAACAGGGAGCCGCCCAAGGGGCUCCUCAGCCUGGCGGAGAUCUUGGACGAGUACGUCAAGCUCAAGGAGCAGCGGAUCGUGGUGGAUCAGGAGAAGCAUCGGGUGGAGGCCCUGCUGCGUGGGAUCAACGACGCGGUUCAGGCGUACCACUCCGCCGGCAUUGAUGGCGGCAGAUCCACGGUUUCUCCCCUCCCGCAUAAUUACCUGCCUUCACCCUCAACGCCUCAUCCUCCGCCUCCUUCGGAGGUGUCAGUGAGGCCCGCAGUCUCCAGUUUUCCCCAUUAUUCGAGCAGUAUAUCUCCCCCUGGUAAGGAAAAUAAGCCCAGACAAGAUAGAAACCAGACCUAUUUGUCGAGAGCUUUGCCUUUUUUUCUUUCUAAUAGUUGGUUUUGAUCGAUAUACUCGGCAAUGUCCCCGACUGCAACAUCAUAUUUCACCUAUAAUUCUCAAAAUUGGUGUGACUGAGCAUCAUCUCAGAUCAAUAGUCCGAAUAGACAGAUUUUUCUUUUAGGUCCAAUGAAGUUCAAGUCAUACCCACAUUGACAGAGAAUGGAUUGUCUGCGAGCCUUUUGUGGCCCAACUGUGAGAUAGUAAGCAACUCUCGUGGAUCAGAAUUCGGAUCUUGCUUUCAAAGGCCUGUUGUGGUCGAGCAAAAGGAUGGGUAACCGUUUGCCCUUGGUUGCUGACGGUCAGAAUCUUAGCCCGUAAAAGUCUUGGUGCUCUUCGGUUUGAUUUCGUAAUUUAUCAUUGGCUCGAGAAAUAAACUCCUUCGGUGAUUUUGUUCUUCUUCCUCAGUGACUUGGUCGCUGAUCUUGUUGGAGCUUCCAACCCCAUGAACUAAUAUCCAGACAACAUUUAUCUCAUUUAUUUUGCUUCGCCGCGUAGAACUAACUUCCGGGGUCCAUCUGUUCUCUUGUGCUCGUCACAUGCCCCUGAGGAGAAAAAAGAAUGCGCAUCUUAACCGGCCCUGAUCUCCCUUUCUAGUUUCCUAUGCUUGCCAUUCCCUUUUCUUUGAUAAAACUAGUGUCUGAUCUGAUGUAAACGUGAGCGGUUUCCUGUUAUGCUAAUUCUUUUUCUUUUCUUCUUUUUGGCUUCGCAGGCUCUGAUUUGGUACGCAACGUUCUCGUCUUGAAAUCCCCAUCGCCAGUUGUUCCGGGUAAUAUGGUAUAUGGUAGCGCGGUUUCUACUCCGAUUGCUCAGACUGCAUCGACUACCCAGAGAAAAAAUCCGAAGCCCAUCCUCAGAGCACCUGCAGCUCCAAGGAAAUACCGUGGACGACCCCAGGCGGAGGUCCCCACGGUGAGAGGUAAUUAAUUUAUUUCUAAAGAACAACUUCGGGGGGGUAUAUACGCGGUGUUUUCUACAACAUGAGGCCACACCUGAAGAUUCUCCCUCUCUUCUUGUCCCUUCUAGGCGUCCUGCCAACCCCAACGCGUGAUGUAGCAAGCGGCGCUGGAGAAACAGCCGAGAGGCUUCCUCUCGCUGGCACGACUUCCGCUGGAUGUCAGCCUGGCGAUCAAUCGAUCCAAGGAUCGUCUGUGGCGAAGAGUCUAUUCAUGCCGACGCCUGGCAGCGGGGCCGAGUCAACUUCGCCUGAAACUCCUAAAGCAUUCGAUUUACAGAUGGAACAGGCCGAUUCAACGGUUGAGAGCAUGUCCAUUCGAUCACAACGUGCCAACGUCAGCGCUUGCAGAGAGUCAGCUCCGUCAACGUGCUCUGUGAUCUCCUCAAAAACCCUUGUUGUCAGUCCUUUAAAAAGUAAGGGCUACUAUGUUGAGAAGAGCGUCUGCAUAUCUUCGUCACCCAUGAAAUCAAGUCCGAAAAGGCUGGGCAAAAGGAUCAACGUGAAGGGCAGGCUAGAUUUUGAUGGCUCCGACAGGCCCAUUCCUUCUGAGGAACCCGCGGCUGCUGAUGGCAGGACUGGGGACAUCUUUGACUUGGAUCUUCCCGAUCUUGAUGUCGAUUUCUCCUUCUCCGAUCUCCUGGUUAACAUCGAUUUGGACUGCGAAGACCUAACCAUGUCUUGCCAAGUGUCCCCGAAGCCUUCCGCGGACUUGAUCUCAGGGUAGACCCUCCUGGCUUCAUUUGGUAUAUAUGUUUAAUUGUUAUGAGCCUGUCUGAGCAGAUUUCUGUGCCACGCCUUGCGGUCUCAAAACAGAUCAGAAGGUGAAUCGGCACGUGAAUGUUUGGAGGUGGCCCAAGAAGUAUCUGAUCCUGGUUCAUCAGCCGCGUCCUGGAUUGCUAGCGAGAAAACCGUGAAUACCCUGGAAGGUAACUGUCGACGCCUCUUCGACCUUUUCUUUCCUCAAUUUUUUCAAAAUUCCAUGCUUUGACAAGCAAUCGUUUCAUCAUCUUCCUCUGGGUUUCCACCCAGAAGGCGCAGGUGAUGGCCCAGUGACUUUUAUAAAUGGCAUCACGAAGCGCAUCAAACUCUCGGGUCCUGGUGAACUCACUGUGCCUACCUAG